AUGACGACGGUGGCCAAAAAUUUGCACAAGAAGAAUAAGGACUAUCAGCCGCUCGUCGACGAGGCCAAAACAUGGUACGAACGAUGCGACCCGGCGGCACUCGACACCAAAGACUACAAGAAGACCAGCGCCGAACUCCUCGCCGAGUCCAGCGAAGAUACCAAGAAGGCCUUCUGGGGCGAUCGCAAAGAAAGCGAGAUCACCGACAAGGUGGAGAAAGAGCUGCAGAUGCUUAUCAUUCGCUGCUCGCCCGUAACCUCGUCGCGCCUCUAUAUCUUUGCAGUUCUUGUGAUGCUGCUGGCCAUCGUAUCCGCCGUCGUCUCGUGCAUCGGCCUGAAAAAGGAGACUCAAUUCAUUUGGCACAUUCCGGUGCUCGCCUUUACCGUGGUGAUGUUCUGCAUCUCCGGCUUUGCCAUCUACCAGGCCACCAUCUAUCUAGCACGCGGCCCAGUCAUCUACGCCAUCUACGCGGGCCUGAUCGUCGCCUACAUCGUGCACACCUUCCAGGAGAAGGCGCGCCGCGAGAACCAGGCCGCUAUAAACGCCCAUUUUCACAUCCUCUACCCGCUCGGUGGCGUCAUGUGUAUUUGCGUCAAGCUGCUACUAGGCUGCUCGCACGGGUGGACUAUCACCCUGUUCCUCAUCGUGGCCGUCGUUGCCCUCAUCUCCAGCUACAGCCUCAAAUCCAUACAAGGCCCGUGUGGUUGCGCGUAUGCUCUUCUCAGCAUCCAGGACACAGCAAUUGACAAGCAGUACGAGGCUGAUCGGGAGUUUUGGGACACGGCCUGCAAGGAGUUCAGCGCCGACAGCGAGACCGUCCAAUCCGACCAGACGGACGCAUUCAAAAAUUGGCUGGAACGGGUCAACGUGGGUAAAAACAUU